AUGGGACGCAAGCCCACGCCGCAGCCGCUGAUACUGGCAGAUGCCAGCGCUCUGGACGCCGACCCGCCGCAGCCCUCUGCCGAAGCAGCAUCGCAAGCCGCCACGUCGCCAGUCGACUCGAAAUCGCCCCGAUCGCAGCGCAUCUCCCCCUUCCCCAUCAGCAAGUUUGCCGUCCACAGAAACCGGCCGCCGAGGACGGGCAGGUCGCCAACUCUGCAGCCACAGCCGCCACGCCCUGCCACCAGCACCGGACCGCCAGACGAGGCCAGCCGCAGCUACCACCAGCAGCAAUUGCUGCAGCUGUGUCGCGCCCAAAACGCCCGCGAUGAUUCAGACCUGCUGCAGCCCUCGCCAUCGACCGCUUCCACUCCAGAUCCUCCCUCCGCCGGGCUGCCGCCCCAAGAACUGCGCCAAGCCAUGACGGGUGGCGCCAAACACUCCAAGCCCAGCUUCUUUCAGUUUAACAAAGCCCCCAAAACUCCCAGUCAGCCUCAUCACGCACACGCACACACCCAUCAGCACACAGAGUCGCAGGGCCUGCACCCGAUCAACGUCGAAAACAGCCACCAGAAAUCCAUCUCUUCCUACCCGUCACGCUCUGACCUUUCAGCUUCAUCUUCUGGCGACGCCGAGGCACCGCCACCUCUGCCUUCUGCCAGGAAAAACAAGUCAAAGUCGUUUGCACUCCUUGGCCGCAGCAGAUCUGUUCGCGACAAAGAAAACGGCCGCCAUAAACCUCCCCCCGCGCAAGUACCACUGCCAACCGCGUCAACCAACCCCCCACCUCCUGAUAAUACCAACGCUUCUACUUCUACCAAUUCUACAACCACCGCCGUUGCUCAAGCUGCGACUGUAUCGCAAGACCGAGCGCCCAAAGACGACGGGAUGAGUUCUCAUGGUCGGGGUCGGCCUGAGGACCGAACGGCCGGUGCCGCCUCUUCUACUGUCGCCAGAGAUGCUCCUCGGGAGAGGGAACAAAGAGCUCAUUCAUCGUCAAUACGAGAGACUAGCGCAUCAACGUUCCUCAGCGGACUGAGAUACUCGUCGACCAGAGCUGCUGACAUAAUCAGCAAAGGCCUAUUUGGAAAGAGUUCGCGAAGUGGCAGCACGACAGAAAAAGAGCCGGUGAUAGACGAUGAACAUUACGUGUUGAAAGUGCUUAAUCUACCCUUGGUCGAGCAGACACGAAAGACUCGAAUUUCGAAGCGUUUGGAGGACUCGCGCGACAAGACAGAGUUUUGGAUGCCAGCAUUUCCUUGGAGGGCUAUCGAUUAUCUGAACUAUAAGGGGACCGAAGUUGAAGGCCUUUAUCGCGUGCCUGGAAGCGGGCCUCAGAUUAAGAAGUGGCAAAGAAAGUUUGAUGAGCAGUGCGAUGUCAAUCUCUUUGAGCAAGACGACCUCUAUGAUAUCAACAUUAUAGGCUCCAUGCUCAAAGCUUGGAUUCGAGAGCUACCCGAUGAGCUCUUCCCCAAAGCGUCCCAGGAGAAGAUUGCUCGCGAGUGUCAGGGCACCGACAAAGUCCCCCAGCUGCUCAUCGACGAGCUCUCAAAUCUUUCCCCAUUCAACUACUACCUGCUCUUUGCCAUUACAUGCCAUCUCAGCCUGCUUCUCGCUCACUCUGACAAGAAUAAGAUGGAUUUCCGAAAUCUAUGCAUCUGCUUCCAGCCGUGCAUGAAAAUUGACGCCUUUUGCUUCAAAUUCCUGGUUUGCGAUUGGAGAGAGUGCUGGAAGGGCUGCGCCAACGAGGCCAAGUUUAUUGAGGAGGAGUACCGUAUAUUCCAUCAACCUCCGCCACCUGGCCUUGCCGAAAUGCAAAGUCGCUACGAAAGCGAUGCUGGGCAUGCAGAAAAACCAGCCUCGUCGCAUAGCAACAUGCCAUCGACCCAAGAGACAGGGGAGCCGACAGAAGACAUUGGUAAGCACCAACAUCAGUCGUCAAAGUCCAACCACUCUCUUUCGUCUCGCCGAUCAUCCAUCUCGACGGCCCUGAGCGACCACAGCGAGGAGGAGGAGGAUACUGUUAGCGACAUGUUUGGCUUCACGCAUUCACAGGCCACUACUACUGGAGCUGGAUCUAGAGAACUGCGGCCAUUGUCUCCGAUCCAGCCUCUAUCACCUCUUGGUUUCUAA